UCAUUUGCGCUUCGUACGGCGACCAUCACGUAACAGCUUCGACGCGACGUACGCAUGGAGAGGCAGGACACCCACACGUCAAGUGAAUCAUCAGACGAAGAUAUGGAGAGUACCAUGCACCAGUUCUUUCGUCGUAUGUCAACAGUCGCGCCUGCUGAAAGAAAAAAUAGGCUAAAAGAAGGCUACUUGACGAUACAGAGUGGGUCUUUCCAGCGAUGGAAGCGAAGAUACUUCACUUUAUUUCACAGAAAGUUAUUUUUUAGUAAAGGACAGCAAGCGCAAGUUUGUCAAGAGAUCGACCUACAGAAUGCCACCGUUGCUGACCGGUCAAUCAAAACGAGUCACGUUUUUACGGUAAUUACACCACAUCGAAAGAUUGUGCUUUCGACGGAGAGCAGAAAAGAGACGGAGGAAUGGUUGAGUGCAAUUCAGUCAGCUAUCACUCAAUCCCACAAGCAGCAGGAUUGUGGUCUGUUUGAGCAUGGAAUGCAUCGUUGGUUUAGCUGCUCACACUCGCACAUUCGUCCCACGUACUGCAACGUUUGCUCGGAAGCGAUUCGGUCACGAUGCCUUUCGUGUGAUAUUUGUGAAUUCAAAGCGCACAAACACUGUGCCAAGGACGCUUGUAAUAACUGCAAGUGGGUCACACAGAAGACUAUCCCACCAGACAAACUCUCAUCAAAUGAUCAGAUGGCUAUGGAACAUCAGUGGCUCGAAGGCAAUCUUCCUGCGAAUUCAAAGUGUGCGGUAUGCGAUAAAGCAUUCGGAAGCGUAAAGAAACUACAAGAUUGGAGAUGCCUAUGGUGUAAGGCAACGGUUCAUGCCGACUGCCUGUCAAUGUUUUCAUGUCAGUGUUCUCUUGGGCCCAAUCGUGUAUCCAUUUUGCCUCCUACGGCGAUCAGAGCGUGGGACAUGAAUGAAAAUGGAAGAGCAGAGGCAGUCAGGCCACCUGGCAGUAGCCCUCUGUUGGUCUUUGUUAACUCAAAGAGCGGAGACAAUCAGGGAGUGAAGUUCCUGCGUCGUUUUAAACAGCUUCUGAAUCCAUCUCAAGUGUUUGAUCUUAUCACAACAGGACCGUUUGUUGGUCUUCACUUGUUUCAAUCAUUCGAGUCAUUUCGUAUACUUAUCUCUGGUGGGGAUGGUUCAGUUGGAUGGGUGUUGAUGGCUAUAGACAAAUUGGGACUAACCAAUAGGUGUCAAGUUGGUAUUCUUCCACUCGGUACGGGCAAUGACUUGGCUCGAGUGUUGGGUUGGGGUGCGACUUGUGAUGACGACAGUCUGCUACCUCAAAUACUACACGAACUUGAGUUGUCUGGUGUGAAGAUGUUGGAUCGUUGGAGUAUUCAGACCAAGCCUCAUUCGCCGUCUAAUACUGCAGUGAGAAGGAAACUGCCUGCUUUGCCAUCAGUCUAUGAAAGAAAGAAAGAAAGACGAAGCUCGACGUCGUCAGCUGCCGCUGCUGAGUUGGAGCACUCUGUUGCAUCACACCUAGGGAUCAUAUUGAGUGCAGAGUCACGUGAUCAUGAUGUGAUUGAUUCAACGAGAGUGCUUUGUGAACACAUCCAGAAAUUUGUCAGCUUAGUAUGUGAGCAGCAGACGACGAGUAAGAGUUCUGAAGAGGGAAGUCUCAAAGAAAAGUGUCACCUCUUAAAUGCAAAACUUCUCUCGUUGAUGAGCACGCUAAAGAAGGAGUCAUGCUCUCUAGAGGAUCGUUCUAUCUCACUGGAGAGUGGAGAUGACUUAAGCGGCGAUUGUGAAGAGAUAAUGAAGCAUUUGGCUGCAGUCAUUGAACGCACAAGUGAUAAACUGGAGGAUGUUCAACUAGAAAUGACAGAAAAUAGACCAACAGAAGUAUGUCCACAAGACACUGCCAGCAAGAUGUUCAGGUCACGUGAUGCUGUCAUGGCUCGUGCCAACAGCCUGAAGAAAGCCGUGAAACAAAUUAUUGAUCAUGUAGAAGAAACGUUAGAUCAACAGGUAAACCAGAACACAACAGAUACCCUUCCAUUCACACGACCGAGUAUCGUCGUUGAAGAAAUCCCCUUACUGGAUGGAACCAUGGACGAGGGAAUAGGGACAACAACGACUGCAAGUGAUCGCGAUAACGAGCCCAGCACUGAAGAAGAGCCCCUACCGAGUUCUCGGAGAAACUCAGGGACAUCGGACGCGUUUGAGGAGGCAACUAUCUCUGUGAAAUUGGAUGCUGUAGCAUCCACGAAAGCUUCAAAGAAAAAGAAGAGACGGAAGGUUACACGAGCGCGAUUUACCAGCCAAGACAGUGGAGUUGGCUCAUCGAUUGUGUCAAGGAAUACUAAACUGAAGUCAUCAGUGCAUGCACGUUCAGAGUCGAAAGGUGGUAUUACUAGUUUAUCAGCCGCACUGUUGGUUGGUGCAAAUGCGUUAGUUGCACCCAUUACAGCACCCGCCACGUUUGAAGAUGACAAAGUGGACAGUCCAGCCACUGCAUACUCCGAAAUCAACGUAAUGAAUAAUUACUUUGGAAUCGGACUUGAUGCAAAGAUCUCCUUAGAUUUCCACAACAAACGAGAAGAGCACCCAGAAAAAUGCCGGAAUCGCAUGUUGAAUAGAAUGUGGUAUGGAGUAUUGAGUGGCAAGCAGAUCAUAAAUCAGACGUACAAAAACUUGGACCAACGUAUCAAGCUUGAAUGUGAUGGCAAACCAGUCGUGUUGCCAACAAUUCAGGGGAUCGUUGUGCUCAAUAUUCCAAGUUAUAUGGGUGGAGUCAAUUUCUGGGGCACAGAGAAAGAUAAGGAAGGUUUCUUUGCUCCCUCAUUCGACGACAGGAUGCUGGAAGUUGUUGCGGUUACCAGCUGCUCUCAAAUGGCACAAGCAUAUGUCCUCGGUGUUCAGAGCCAUCGUUUAGCUCAGUGUCGCUCACUUAAAAUCACCGUUUUGGGUAACGAACCGGUGCCUUGCCAAGUGGAUGGUGAAGCAUGGCUUCAAGAACCCGGCCAAAUGAAGAUGACACAUAAGAACAGAUCUCAAAUGCUAGCGAGAAACAAAGCAUUUUACAGCACUCUACAGUCGUGGAGAUGUCAAGGAGGCAGUGGAGCUGUCGCCGCUGCAGCGGCAGAGUCAUCAAUCAUGCCGUCGUCGACGUCUAUGCCUCAACUGUUACCGUCACAGGAUUUGUUGGCACUCAGGCCACUAAUUGAAGCAACGACUGCCCUUGUGAGCAGUGUCAAAGUUGCUGCCAUUUCUAAUGAGGUCGUUGAGUGCGAGUUGCUCCCAUUGGCUCAUCAUUGCACUUACUGCAUCGAGCAACUGUUUCCCGAUGGAUCACCAUCAGAACAUGCCAACACCGGGCAGAGAGAUGAUCUCAUUCAGCGAGUUAAACAGCUAAUACAAGAGAGUGGAUGGUUUGUCAACAUGAAGAAAUUGGCGUCCAGUGAUGAAGCAAAGUUCACUCGAAUUGUAAAUCGCGUUCAAACAGAGAUGAGAAAAAUUCAGGAUAAUCAACCAAUAAGAGCUCCUCCGUACAUACACAAAGAGAGUGACAUCAAAGAAGGCGCUGAUAGCAUUUCAAUGAUAUCUCCACAGUCUAGCAAUACGGAUACUAUUGCUGCCAUGCCAAGGAGGCUUCGUCCAGCUAUGCAAAGUGCAGUGAGUAUGGACGGCACGCACAAAGGGAGACUGUCCAAGAAGGGUUUGGGAAGACUGAAGUUUUUUGGUCGGUGGUUGUCACACUCAUCUGAUAAAUAUGAACCAAAAUCUCAGUCUGAAACUUCUGUGCUAGAAUGGUCGGUCAACGACGUUAUGAUGUGGCUAGAACGUCAUCAAAUGGGAGAGUACAAGGAAAAAUUCAUGACACACGAUAUACGAGGCAGAGAACUACUAAGCUUGGCAGAACAAGACCUAAAGGAACUCGGAGUGACUCGAGUCGGUCAUGUAAAGCGUCUCCUAUCACUGAUCUCAUCACUCCGCGAAAGCCAAACCAGCAGUCACUAAUUAUUAACAAAAAAAAAGAGAGAGAGAAAGCUACAUACAAACGACCGGUCACCGUAUCUGGUCGCCACCUCGGUAACAGACAUUCAAGAGAAACUAGUGUAAUCAUAAUUGUAAAUACGGCUGAUGGUAUAUUUUUGAUGUAGUAUGAUGACUGUUUAGUACUAUCGUAAUAUGGUUGUUAGAUAUUAUUUUGUCAGUUUGUACGAUCAAUAAGUUGUUUAUAAACA